UCAAAACUCCCAUACGCUAACCUAAACGGUCAAACAUAAUCGAAGCAAUUCAUUCUUGUCAUUCCACGAGUGAACUGUUGCAAACGGAUGCGUGGCAAAUAUGGCUCAAUUCAUAAGAAACAUUGCUAUUUUACUCUUUACGGAGAAAUGUAUGGAAGAGUAUUUUGACGAGUUCAAUUUUUUUCACGUCGGAUGUUUCAAAGCAACGCUUAGCAAAGGUCUAGGCCUCGGAAUUAUCAGCGGGUCUCUUCUCGUUAAAGUACCACAGAUUGUAAAAAUCUUAAAAAAUAAAAGUGCAGAAGGCAUCAAUGUUUUCAGCGUCUUAUUGGAUCUCUUUGCCAUUACUUCAAUGAUAUCUUACAGCUUCAUCAGCGGUUUUCCCUUUAGUUCUUGGGGAGAUGGAGUAUUCCUGGGAUUGCAAACCCUAGCAAUUGCAGUUUUAGUCAUGCAUUUCAGAGGAAAUACUGUUCAAGCAACUGCAUUUCUAGCUGCUUAUAUUGCAGUUCUAUUUGCUGCUACGAGCGGGUUGACUCCAGUGAAUGUUCUCUGGACUUGUCAAGCGAUGAAUAUACCCAUUGUGCUUGCCAGUAAGUUGAUGCAAGCUUAUACGAACUAUUCUAAUGGAAGUACAGGUCAGUUGUCGGCAGCAACUGGCUUUAUGCUUUUCUUUGGAUCCCUGGCAAGGAUAUUUACUUCUAUCCAGGAAACAGGAGAUAGGACAAUGAUAAUUAUGUAUAUAUGCUCUACUGCUGCAAAUGCGGUGAUAGCUGCUCAGAUUUUAUACUACUGGAAUGUGGAAGCGAAAACCAUAGAAAAGACAAAGAAAGUUAGAUAGAUAAAUGAUUAAAUCUUUUUGGAUGAUGCAAAUAUGUUUAAAUCUAUAGUAUUCCAGAAGAGAAGAAUUGUAUCCAAAUAUUACUUCUCGAAGAAACAUCUCGAAUAUCAUCACUUUAUUGCAAAACAAUUCAAAGAAUUGUUUUAAGUGAUAACUCAUUAAGUUAAAUUUAUGGCGAGUCACAGUGACCCUAUGGUUACAACCUUUGUUACAUAAAAUAUAAAAAUAAAAAUGGUAUAAAAAUGG